AUGGCCGCGGGGGCUCCCGGGCAGUGGCUACGAGAGGAGGCGCGGUGCCCUGUGUGCCUUGACUUCCUUCAGGAGCCGGUCAGCGUGGACUGCGGCCACAGCUUCUGCCUGCGCUGCAUCUCCGAGUUCUGCGACAAGUCGGACAGCGCGCAAGGCGGCCUGUACGCAUGUCCGCAGUGCCGCGGGCCCUUCUCGCGGGAGGGCUUCCGGCCCAACCGGCAGCUGGCCAGCCUAGUGGAUGGCGUACGGCAGCUGGGACUGGGCGCGGGGUCGACCAGGGCGCUGUGCGAGCGCCAUGGCCAGGAGCUGAGCCGCUUCUGCGAGGAGGAUCAGGCGGCGCUGUGCUGGGUAUGCGACACCGCACCCGAGCACAGGGGACACUGCACCGCACCGCUGCAGGAGGCUGCCCAGCGCCACCAGGCAAAGCUCCGGAUGGCCCUGGAGCUGGUGAGAAAAGAAAUGGAGGAGACUCUGACACAGGAGGCCAAUGUGGGGAAGAAAACUGUCAUUUGGAAGGAGAAGGUGGAAAUGCAGAGGCAGCGCUUCAGGCUGGAGUUUGAGAAGUACCGUGGCUUCCUGGCCCAGGAGGAGCAGCUGCAGCUACGGAGGCUGGAGCAGGAGGAGAGGGCCACCCUUCAGAGGCUGCGGGACAGCAAGAGCCAGUUGGGCCAGCAGAGCCGGGCCCUGAAGGAGCUGGCUGAGGAGCUGGAGGACAGAUGCCAGCGCCCGGCCCUGGGGCUGCUGGAGGGUGUACAGGGUGCUCUGAGCCGAAGUAAGAGUGUCCCACGGCUGGAACCGGAGACCAUCCCUAUGGAACUGAAGACACGGUGCUGCAUCCCUGGGAUGAGAGAGAUGCUGAAGAAGUUCCAAGUUGAUGUAAAGCUGGACCCUGCAACAGCACAUCCAAGCCUCCUCUUGACUGCUGACCUGCGCAGUGUGCAGGACGGAGAACUGUGGCGGGAUGUCCCCAACAACUCGGAGCGAUUUGACACGUGGCCCUGUAUCCUGGGUUUGCAGAACUUCUCAUCAGGGAGGCAUUACUGGGAGGUCAUGGUUGAGGAAAGAGCAGAGUGGGGUUUAGGAGUCUGUCAAGAUGCAAUGCCAAGGAAGGGGGAAACCACGCCAUCUCCUGAGAACGGAGUCUGGGCCAUGUGGCUGCUGAAAGGGAAUGAGUACAUGGUCCUCGCCUCCCCAUCUGUGCCCCUCCUGCACCUGGAACGACCUCGUUGCGUUGGUAUUUUCUUGGACUAUGAAGCUGGUGAAAUCUCCUUUUACAACCUCACCAGCGGGUGUUACAUCUACACAUUUAGCCAGCUGUUUACUGGUCUUCUCCGACCUUACUUCUUCAUCUGUGACACGGCUCCUCUUGUCCUGCCACCUAUGACAGAAGCAAAAUCAGGAAACUGGGCAUCUGGGGGUCAUCCUGACCCCUCUUCUACCAUUAGAGAUGACCAUUCCUAAAAUUUUGUUCCCCAGAAGCACUCCAAGCGCA